UCCGCCCCAUCCUCCUGUAAGCAAGAUGGCGGCGGCGGCGGCGCAUGCUCAGAUCGAGGCGGCGGCGGGGCCCAGGGGGAGGGGGGCGGUCGCUGCUCAUGCCCGCUGGUUGUUGUGGUGGAAGGCUCUUCACGGACCGGCAGCAGCCAUGGGCGAGACCGAGAAGCUUUACUAUGUUUACAGCUGCGAUCUGGACAUCAACGUGCAGCUGAAGAUAGGAAGUCUGGAAGGGAAAAGAGAACAGAAGAGUUACAAAGCUCUCUUAGAAGAUCCGAUGCUGAAGUUCUCAGGACUGUAUCAAGAAACGUGCUCUGAUCUGUAUGUAACUUGUCAGGUGUUUGCAGAAGGGAAGCCUCUUGCUCUUCCAGUUAGAACUUCCUACAAAGCUUUUAGCACUAGAUGGAAUUGGAAUGAAUGGCUGAAGCUGCCUGUGAAGUAUCCAGACUUGCCUCGCAAUGCACAAGUGGCUCUGACCAUCUGGGAUGUGUAUGGACCUGGUAAAGCAGUUCCUGUGGGAGGAACAACAGUCUCACUCUUUGGGAAAUAUGGUAUGUUUCGUCAAGGAAUGCACGAUUUGAAAGUCUGGCCCAACGUAGAAGCUGAUGGUUCGGAACCCACCAAAACUCCUGGGAGAACCAGCAGCACAGUCUCUGAAGAUCAAAUGAGCCGCUUGGCAAAGCUCACCAAGUCUCAUCGACAAGGUCACAUGGUAAAAGUGGACUGGCUGGACAGACUGACCUUUAGAGAAAUAGAAAUGAUCAAUGAGAGGGAAAAACGCAGUUCUAAUUUUAUGUACCUGAUGAUUGAAUUCCGUUGCGUCAAGUGCGAUGAUAAAGAAUAUGGAAUAGUUUACUACGAAAAGGAUGGUGAUGAAUCAUCUCCAAUGCUAACAAGUUCUGAAAUUGUUAAGAUUCCAGAUCCCCAGAUGUCUGUGACAGUGCCUAAGUACAGUUCUAGAAAAGAUUUCCAUUAUUGUGGAUGCCAAUUCAGUGGAACUGGUAUUGGCAGCUUUGGGAACCUUAAUGAGAACUUAGUAGAAAGCAAACAUCACAAGCUUGCUCGCAGUUUAAGAAGUGGACCUUCUGAUCAUGAUCUGAAGCCUAAUGCUGCUACGCGAGAUCAGCUUAAUAUCAUAGUGAGUUAUCCACCGACAAAACAGCUAACGUAUGAGGAACAGGAUCUGGUUUGGAAAUUCAGAUAUUACCUUACUAAUCAGGAGAAGGCCUUGACAAAAUUCUUAAAAUGUGUCAACUGGGACCUACCACAAGAGGCAAAGCAAGCACUGGAGCUACUGGGCAAGUGGAAGCCCAUGGAUGUGGAAGACUCUCUAGAACUUCUGUCAUCUCACUUCACCAACCCAACAGUUCGGCGUUAUGCCGUCGCCAGGCUUCAGCAGGCUGAUGAUGAGGAUUUGCUGAUGUACCUGCUACAGUUAGUCCAGGCAUUGAAAUAUGAAAACUUUGAUGAUAUAAAGAAUGGACUGGAACCUAGCAAGAGGGACAGUCAAGGUUCAAUGUCAGAAAGCAUGACAACAUCUGGAAAUAAUGGUGCAGAAAUAGACAGUUCCCAGAUAAUGAGUCCUGUUCCACCUGUUUCCUCACCACCUCUUACUUCAAAGACAAAGGAGCUUGCAGACAAUGAAAACCUUGAUCAAGACCUUUGCACUUUCUUGAUAUCACGAGCAUGCAAAAAUUCCACAUUGGCAAACUACUUAUACUGGUAUGUAAUAGUGGAGUGUGAAGACCAAGACACUCAGCAGAGGGACCCAAAGACACACGAAAUGUAUUUAAAUGUCAUGAGACGAUUUAGUCAAGCUUUGCUUAAGGGUGAUAAGUCUGUCAGAGUUAUGCGCUCAUUGUUGGCAGCCCAGCAGACGUUUGUAGAUCGGCUGGUUCAUGUAAUGAAAGCAGUGCAGCGUGAAAGUGGUAAUCGUAAGAAAAAGAACGAGAGGCUUCAGGCUUUGUUAGCAGAUAAUGAAAAGAUGAAUUUAGCAGAUAUGGAACUUAUUCCACUUCCUCUGGAACCUCAGGUGAAAAUUAAAGGGAUAAUCCCUGAAAAAGCCACACUCUUCAAGAGUGCCUUAAUGCCUGCCCAGCUGUUUUUCAAGACAGAAGAUGGAGGCAAAUAUCCUGUAAUUUUUAAGCAUGGUGAUGAUUUACGUCAAGAUCAACUUAUUCUUCAGAUUAUUUCACUAAUGGAUAAGCUGCUAAGAAAAGAGAAUUUGGAUUUGAAGCUGACACCCUAUAAAGUACUGGCAACUAGUACAAAACAUGGCUUCAUGCAGUUUAUUCAGUCAGUACCAGUUGCAGAAGUUCUUGCUACUGAGGAGAGUAUACAGAACUUCUUCAGAAAACAUGCACCUAGUGAGACUGGUCCUCAUGGAAUAAGUGCAGAGGUAAUGGACACAUACGUUAAGAGCUGUGCUGGUUAUUGUGUAAUUACAUAUAUCCUUGGAGUGGGAGAUAGACACCUGGAUAAUCUUCUGCUAACAAAAACAGGUAAACUGUUUCAUAUUGACUUCGGUUAUAUUUUGGGUCGGGACCCUAAGCCUCUGCCUCCCCCAAUGAAGCUGAAUAAGGAGAUGGUGGAAGGCAUGGGGGGCACGCAGAGCGAACAGUACCAGGAGUUCCGUAAGCAGUGCUACACGGCCUUUCUCCAUCUCCGCAGGUAUUCCAACUUGAUUUUGAACUUAUUUUCCCUCAUGGUGGAUGCCAACAUUCCAGAUAUUGCUCUUGAACCUGACAAGACUGUAAAAAAGGUACAGGACAAAUUUCGUUUGGACCUGUCUGAUGAAGAAGCUGUCCAUUAUAUGCAGAGUCUAAUUGAUGAAAGUGUCCAUGCCCUCUUUGCAGCUGUGGUGGAGCAGAUACACAAGUUUGCACAGUAUUGGAGAAAAUAAGCCUUUGCCUGCCUGUGACGGAAACAAGCAAAUGCUCAAGAAAGAGACUUUCUCAAGCCCUUCUGGACUUCACUAAACACUUUUGGAAGGCAAAAGCUGCAGGUUUGGUAGCAUGGAGAACUGAGAGCUCAGGAGAUAGAGAAACUUUUUUGAGUCUCACUUCUUUGAAGGUUUAAAAACAACUUUUUUUUUUGUUUAUAAUGCCCUUUGGGCUCAGAUACUAUGGCAUUUCUUCCAAGUGAAAACAUUUGAGCCUCAAAGGUUGAAGUAAGAAACUUGCUGCCAAGCCAAAGAUAACUGGAAGAGGCUGGAUUUGAUGAUAAAUUCUUGUACCUAUUGAUAUAUUUUCUUAUUUAAAAAUAGAAAUCAUUGAUGUACUGAACAUGCGUAUAUACAGAGUCACAGCAGUGAGGCUACGGUUCCUCCAUGCAGAAAACUAUGGGGAUCUCCUCUUAUCCCUUCCCAACAAGUUUGUUCCUUGAGCAGGUUUUAGUGUAAUUUGUCUGAUCCUUUAUUUCCCACCUUGGGCAAUGUUAUCGUUUAGAAAGGACAAUCAUUUAUUCCCUGCUUACAAAAAUGUUUUUAAGUGCUGAUAUGUUAGCCAGCAGUGCUUUCUGGAGAAACUGCCAAUUAAAUCAUCACUAACAGGCUCAGCAACCAGAAUGUGCUGUGAGCGGUUCAAUAUUUCACACUUUAACUCGGAAUGUUUUCUGUACGGUGGUUAUAUAUUCUUGACUCUAAUAAGCUCUUCGUUAUUGCAGUCUUCAGGUGUUCUGUUUUGCCUUUUUAAUCUUACCUGCUGAGACAUGGCCUACUAGAGGAUUAUGUUUGUAACUCUUGGCUUUUUGCAGGGAUUUUCACUCAUAAAAUGGCUUUUGUGCCACAUGUUGAGUUCAUAAUGAAUCUGUUUUGAAUGAUCAACUGUUUAAUUAGCUCUUCAUAGAUGUGUGGGUGUCUUCAAAAGGUGCUCAAUUACUCUGGUAUUUUUUUUUAGUAAUAAUUUGAAUCAGGAAGAAAUCCCUUAUAAUGAUAAGAAGGACAGAUUGAAUCUGAAUCUGGCUGAUAUUUGCGGGUCAUUCUUCCUUGUGCUUCUUUUGCUAGCAAACACCAGAAGAGAUUUGCUGGAGGAAAGUCCACUACGGCUGCAUAGUUAUUUCAGCAUAUUACCUGAACUUGUUAUGUUGCUUUUUGUUUGUUUGGGAUUUUUUUUUUUUUGGUCUUGCUUUGUCUGUCAAAAAUACAUAUUUCUCUACUGCCUCCAUUUCCCAUGAUCUCAUUCUCCAUACGGUACUUUGUGGUAUCUUAUGAGGAUAUUCCUGAGAACAUGGAAUUUUAAGGUGUUCAGAGAAAACUGUGGAAAAAAAAAAAAGUUGUUUUGUUUCCUGCAUUUGUUUUGAAGGGGCAUCUUACAAAUCAACAAGUUAUGUGAGCAUGUAUGAUGUAGCUACACUUUAUUGGGCUGAGCUCUUGAAUGGUUUAUAGCCCUUUCCAAUACAUAUAUCCUAGGAUUUUUUCCCCCACUUCUUUUUAAGAAAAAUUCUUCUUCCUCCUGCCCAAGACUAACGAUGGCUGAGAAUGAGUCCUUGUUAAAACCCCAGAGACGUCAUCAACUCAUUUCUAUAGCACAUUCCACUUUGUGAAGAGGUUUAUAAAGUGUUGAAUGUAACUUUUAUGAACAUGUUAUGAAUUACUGCAUGGUUGUUCACUGUGUCUUGCGUUUUAAAAUGAGUAUAAUGACCUGUUAAUCUGUUAGACUAUGGAACCACCUGUUAAACUAUACACUAAGUCAUUCAUAUAUGUUAGUACGUGAACCCAAAUGGAAUCUGAGUGUGAUAUGUAAAUCACUGACCACUUUAUAAACAGGGAACCUCAGGCACAGAAAUGGUAAAUCUUGCCUGAGUCAGUGGAACAUAACCAGUGUGUUCAACUGUGUUUGUGCUUAUUGAGUGACCCCUCAUAUUUUUUGGUGUAUUUGCCAAAUAACUUUGUAGAAUAUGUACCAUGUGAAUGCUGACAAACUCUGGGAUAUGUUUCUGAUUGAGCUAAUGACUGUUUCUGGGAUGAUCUGAAUAUUCUGUUCCCAGCUUCUAUAAACACGUAUUGCAUGAAGAACAGGACAGCACCAGGACUGCUACAAAAUACUAGAUGUAAGUAAAUCUGAUACUUCAAGUCCUGUAUUCUAAAUGCCAAAUAUUGUUGAAAAUUAGGCUUAGAAGUCCACAAAUGAAUACAUUUCUUUUUCAAAUCGUGCUACACAAAA